CCCGAGUCGACCGAGUCUCCCCUGCUUCUCCACUGAAAUUGGGGAAAACCCGAAGAUUUUCCUCAGCUCUUCUUCAACAACUUCAAAAUCAAGCCCUGAAUUGCAUCGUUGCUUUCCUUGAUCAGGAGAGAUGAAUGGAGAACUUCCUAACAUAAAGAAAUGGAUAGUUUUCUAUCCUGUUUAUAUCAACUCAAAGAAAACAGUGGCUGAGGGGAGGAGAAUCAGCCUGAGCAAAGCAUGUGAAAAUCCCAUUUGUGCGGAAAUUGGUGAUUGCUGCAGCCACCUGAAACUCCCAUAUGCAAUUGAGAUUGAUAAGGCUUACCCACGUGAUUUCAUGCAAAGAGGGAGGGUCAGGGUGCUACUGAAAAAGGAAGAUGGGACUUUAUUCAAUCCAGCCAUUUCUUCAAGGAAACAGCUGAUGCUCCAUAUUGCAGAGUUGGUACCUAGACACCCUGGGAGGACAAAGAAGCAGGAGCCACCAUCCACAUCAGGAGCCGGACCCUCCAAGUCUGGGAAGGGAGGAAAGAAGAAGAGAUAGCUCCUUUAUUCCAAAUUGCAAUGGAUUAAACAAACUGGUUUCUCACCAACGUUCUUUGCAAAGCAUAGGCUUCUUCCCCUUGAGUUCAACGUCUUCAUAUGAAAAUUUUCUUCAGGUUAACCUCGACACUCUUCUGUCUUUUAGAUAAAGUUUUUAUGUUACUUGUUUUGACAUAUUCUCAUAUACCCGAGGACUUUAAGAUAGCUCUUAAGACGAUUUGUAUGAUUAUGACACAUUUGAUUGGAUAAUCUUGAACCUUCUCUUUGCAUGUAUAAAUUUUCCAUUGUUUUAGGCUCUAGUGUCAUGUAAUCAUGUUUUAGCCGUGCAAAUAACCUUUCUUAGUUGAGAGUUCAUGGUCCCUGGCUCCCUGCUUGCAAUAAAUGUUCUUUUUGUUA